AUGCCUCCUCAGUCAGCAUCAGAGUCCUUACACUUGAAAGUGCUCCCCGGUCUCUUCUCAGUCUCGCAAUUUUCUAUCACUAAGCCGGUGGACAUUGUGUUGCUAGACAAGCUGCAGCUCGCUGGCGCCAAGUUUAUAUCGAUCACCCGCACUGACGAAGAGAUAUCCGUCGUAGAAGAAGUAGCAGACGCUGAAACCGCUUCGGCAGAGUGGAAGGGCAUCAAGAUCGAAGGACCGAUGGAUUUCGGGCUCACAGGGAUCCUUCACGACCUCUCAGCCCCUCUGAAAGCCGCGAGUAUAUCCAUUUUCGCAAUCUCAACAUGGAACACGGACUACGUAUUUAUCAAGAGGGAUAAGGCAGAAGAAGCUGUUCGUGUCCUGAGCGAUGAUGGGUGGCACUUCGUUGAGGGACAGUGA